AUGGAAAAUCCUGAAAAUCCAACAACUACAAUAAAAGAAGAAACAAAAACAACAACUAUAAAUACCACUACAAAUAAUAAUAAUAGUAAUAGUAAUAAUAAUAAUAAUAAUAAUAAUGAUAAUGAUAAUUUAAAAAAAACAGAGGUUGAUUCAAACGAACAACCAAAACCAAAAGGAAGUAAUAUAAAUAAUAAUUUAAAAUCAACAGUUGGUGUAUUAGAUAAUGUUAAAGAUGAUCAAUCAUGGUUAUCAGAUUUAAAAUUACAUACAUUCGAUCAUAUGAUUGAUAUUAGUAGAACCAUUUGUACAAAAUGUGAAAAAAAGAGAAAAUAUUUUUGUUAUGACUGUUGUUUACCAUUAGGUGAUCCUGAAAACUCACCAAAAUUAAAAUUACCUUUAAAUGUUGAUGUUAUUCAUCAUCCAACCGAAUUAAUUAGUAAAAGUACAGCAAUUCAUUCCAAAGUUAUAGCAUAUGAGGAUGUAAAAUUUAUAGAAUUUCCAGAGGAAAUACCAGAUUAUAAUUUAGAUGAAACUAUAUUGUUAUAUCCUUCAGAAGAUUCAUGUUUUGUAAAGGAUAUUGAUUUUAGUAAUAUUAAGAAAGUGUUAUUCGUUGAAUCACAAUGGCAUAAUGCAAGAAAGAUAUUAAAACAUCCAAAAUUACAAGGUAUAAAAUGUGUAAAGAUCGAUAUGCAAAAAACAAUGUUUUGGAGACACCAACGUCAUGGUGACAGUUAUCUAGCAACCAUAGAAGCAAUCUAUUACUUUUUCAAAGAAUUUCAUUUAUCUCAAAAUAAUAAUCAAUACAAUGGUGAAUAUGAUAAUCUCUUAUUCUAUUACACAUUUUUUUAUAAUUUAAUUCAAACAACCUAUAAACAACAAAAUAGAGAUUUUAUUAGAAAAGAUAAUUAUAUUCAAUAA